GCCACCAUCGCCAACAGUCUCACAAUCGGAAUAUCACCCUUUCAGCCUUGAAUUCGCUUACAAGGCUACCUUCCAUCACUUUCGCUUCGUAUAAUUUUAAUGCCCCUCAAGAAUAAUCGACAUGCACGCAGGAACAAUAUUUCUCACCAAUCUAACGACCAAGACACCGUCGAUACCGUCGACGACGCCCGCUACGAUAUUCCGAAUACCGGCCACACCAGGUCACCAGUAUUCUCGCGAGAGCUUACAAUGCUCGAAUCGUUCUCUAGAACCGUGCGCAACUACGUUCCUUCUUCCAUCCCAAUCCCGGCUGCAGUCCCUUCCCCACCUCUCGUGUCUCGUCCGGUCAUCACGUCCACCAGCCAGGUAUCAAGUAUAUCUGACGAGCCGCUGGCGUCAGGGCUAGCCCAGGCAAUGCAGAAGAACACAACCGGCGCAGAUACUAUUCUUUGGUCCAGGUGGGAUUCGCUAGGGUCCCGCCGCCUUCUCUUUCUUGGCUAUUCGUCGGGGUUUCAGAUAUGGGAUUGCACAAGGCUUAAUUCCGUUGAUGAAGUACUCAAUCUUAAUGAUUUUGACGAUGUGGUUACCUACGCAGCGGUUUUACCCGGACAAUUUGCUAUCGGUGUCCUCACCAAAGACUCUGACUUUCUUGUAUACUCGCUUUCUUCCCACCAAAUUGUUAAACGGAUUCCAUUGGCAACUUCUGCCUAUAGCUUCUCUGCCAGUCAUGAGUAUAUUGUAAUAGCCAUAACAAAUCCUCCUGCAUUGCAAGUCCUCACUUCUUCCACGUUUUCUACUGUAGACACCAUUCCUUCUUCUUCACUCGUUUCAUUCACUCAUACCACCUCCGCGCCGCACCCUAUAUAUACCUUGUCACGCCGUCUCCUCGCGUAUGCCUCUCUACCACCUUCACCCACAACCGCAAUCAACAAUGCGCCUGCUACUCCCCCCAAGCCAAUCGCGACCACUGCCAAGUCUGUCAUCAAUGGCAUGAAGUCAUUUGGUGGCCUAGCCUAUUCGGCUGCAUUGAACAAGCUCGGUGGGGACGCUAAACCUGUCUCUCGAAAUGUGCCAGGCGCUUUAGGAGGCGGAGAAGCCGAUACGUUGCACCAGGAUGACCAGCUUUGUACAGAAACAGGCUACUACGUUACGGUAUUGGACCUACAGACUGGUGCACCACUAGCGCGAUUUCCCGCAUUUAAGCAUUCGUCGAUCUCUUGUCUAUCAUUUUCCCCUGAUGGCUGUUCUUUGCUGUCAGUUUCGAAAGAUGGGCAGGUGAGCCGUGUUCACCAGCUUAGACUUACUCCGAGCGGUGUAUGCUCUGCGUCCAAUCUCAGUGCUCCUCACCAUGUUUAUGACCUCCGUCGUGGACGGACAUCAGCGAUUGUGGAAAAUGUGGAAUGGUCUACCGACGGGCGCUGGAUAGCUAUCGGCACUCGCAAACGCACUAUUCAUGUAUUCGCUGUUAAUCCAUAUGGAGGUGCGCCUGAUGUGGAGAGUCAUAUGUGUGGUCGCGUUAGAAACGCAGAGAGUUUGCAACCUCUCUCUAUUGAGCUAGCGCCAAUCAUCCGAAUAAGACUAACAUCGAAUGGUCAUGUCAGUGGUACAUCAAGCGCCAAUGGACCCUCUUCACCGCCUAUACCGCCUCCAGUGUUCCAGUUUCCGGCGUUUCCCAAUCAAACUCUUCCUCCAUCGCUCCUACCUAUUUCAUCCCCUCAACUAGCGUUAUUAUCUAUUCCAUCUUCGUCUCCAUCGGACUCUGGUUCCCCUCGACAUGCUCAAGGAUAUCCACAACAGCCCAUAAAGAACUUUCAAGACUUGCUUGUAUUUGAUGCCGCUGAUGGACUGCUACAGCUGAAGCGAUGGUUGCUUGGGUCUGGCGGCGUUCGCGAUAUUAUGGAUUUGGGAUCAAUAGGAGGAAUGACAAGCGUCUCACUACCUUUGAGUCUUGCUAUCGGUGGAAAUCGUGUUUCGCCGAGACAACGCGGAAGACGGCUUUCCAGUGGCGCGGGAGGCGGCAUCUCUCCGGACAUGACCAUCAGUAAACCAGAAGGGAAGAGUGAGAGCGAGCUCGUUGCGAAUAAAGAUACUGUUGUAGCUACAUGGGAUCUAAAGAGACGAAAGGAUUGGGCCGAAGUCAAGAAGAUCUUUGAGGAUGAAGAAGCUACGACCAGGGUCCAAUCCGAUUUUUUGUCCCAGGCCGAACUUUCGACUAACUCGAAGUCGCGUCACAUUCUUCCGAGAUCUAUAUAUUUAUCACAUCAGUUUACUUUUCAUACGCUGGGCGAGGACUAUCACGCCCUCAUCCGCCGUUAUCAGCUGGAUAUACCUGGUGUCAACAUUGAAGUGCGUAAACAAGUGCAGGUUAGCGCCUAUUCGACGUUAAAUAUGGGCGGCGAAGCAUUCAUCGAGGCUUCCUCGUCAAUUUCAAGGCGGUCACUCUUUUUUGACGAACCUCUGGCAUCGGCGCUUCUCCAGAGCGAUGGGUUCAGUGAUCGAUUGAGGGGCGUCGGAACAGUUCUGCCUAUGCUACCCAACGGGGAUGGGCAUGGGUCGAGCCGCAUGACCUCCAUCCCAAUUCGCGGUGUAAGUGAAAGUUUUGGGAGACUGAGGAGGGAGAUGAUAGUAGCGCGGCGAAGGAGUGGUAAGAGACGAUCAAGGAAGAGUGGUGAAGAUGAGGGGUUGAGCAUGUCGGUGCCCUUAGAAUUUGAUGAAGCAGAGGAAGAUUUUGUUUUCCGGGUGCUGAGCGACGACGGAGCGCUUGACGAUAGUAGUGCAUCUCGUGGAGACGAGGAUUCCAAUGCUCUUUCUCUAUCCACCGCAGCGACAAGCGAGUAUCCUGUGGAUGCUGACCAGGAGGAUAUCGAGAACGGUGGUGGUGGCGUACCAAUUUCUGAUGACGCUUGGAAUGACGGCUGGGGCGUGGAAGACAAGAAUGCUGUCGAAGAGGUUGAGAUGUAUGAUCAUAUCUCUGCUGUGGGGCUCUUGGAUGAGGAGCAGGAAGAGAUAGAUCGGAGGAUCAGGGAGGAGAAAGAGAAGGUAGCUAGUGUUGCGAAGGGUAGAGGUGCAAAGACUGAGCGGAGGAGCAAGAGAAAGGGUUGAGAGGAUAUAAAUUUAUAAAUUUAGAAUGAAUGUACAGUACAAUACAUGUAUUUUAAAUGAGGACUAUCAUUUGUAGGUACUGAAGAAAAAACUAUAGUACACCUAAGC